CGGGCCGGGCGGAGCUUCAGGGGCCACGGGGAGCACAGUAACUUCAAAGCCGGGAUCGGGUCCCUUCGCCGCGCAGUCCAGCUCCCGAAGUUUUGCCGCCUGCGGGUCGGCCGCCUGCUCGCCCCAAGCUUGUCAGCCCCAGGCCAGGGAGGCCCUCUCGAGGACAAGACCAGAAAGCACAGCUGCCUGCAAGAUCGCCGUCUUUUUGCUCCCAAUCUUCAGAAGGGUUGCCGUGACUUCACUGAUCGCUCGUCUCCUCUCUCAUUCCUUGGACUCACUUUGGUCACACCACACACCCUAGUCUUAGCCCUUUGGCACGUUUUGGUGUCUGAACUCCACCCUCUGUGGUGUUUGUGGUUGAGGUGGUGAGAGGAGGCCGUGGUCCCAGUGGGUGGCCAGCCCGGGCAGCCGGGCCUAGGUGGUGCGGUCGCCAUGUCCACCAAGGUGCCCAUCUAUCUGAAGCGCAGCAGCAGCAAGGGCAAGAAGGCGAAGCUGCGGGACCUGCUGUCCUCAGACAUGAUCAGCCCUCCCCUGGGCGACUUCCGGCACACCAUUCACAUCGGCAGUGGUGGCGGCAGCGACAUGUUUGGUGACAUCUCCUUCCUGCAGGGCAAGUUCCACCUCCUGCCGGGGACGGUGGUCGAGGGACCUGAGGAGGACGGCACCUUUGACCUCCCCUUCCAGUUCACGCGCACCGCCACGCUGUGUGGGCGGGAGCUCCCCGACGGGCCGUCCCCUCUGCUCAAGAACGCCAUCUCCCUCCCGGUCAUCGGUGGGCCCCAGGCCCUCACCCUGCCCACAACUCAGGCUCCACCCAAGCCCCCUCGUCUGCACCUGGAGACCCCUCUGCCUUCCCUGCAGCCUUCCCCACGGGACACAGGGAGUGUGGACAUCUGGAGAGUCCCAGAGGCUGGCUCCGCCCACAAUGGGCUGAGCCCUGAGCUGGAGGCCCAAGAGCCCUUCCUGUCCCAUGCCAGCUCCCUGCUCUCCCUGCAUGUGGACCUGGGGCCUUCCAUCCUGGACGAUGUCCUCCAGAUCAUGGACCAGGACCUGGGCCACGUGCAGAUACCCGCAUAGGACCCAAGGCUGGCCAGGCUGGAUGCCCAGGCUGGGAUGAGUACCAGGAGGCAGUGGGUGGACACGGCCCUGACUAGCAGUCGGGAUCCCAAAGUCCCACCUGUGUGGUUGCUGGCCGGUGACUUUUCCCUUUGAGCCUUUGCUUCCCUUCCUCCCACCCUCUCCCCACGGGCAGAGUGCGCCUAUUGCUUUCCCCUAAAACCCACCAAGGACAUGUGCCCAAAGUGCCCUGAGCAUCUGGGGGCCACCUGGACCCCUGCUGCCAAACGCUUCCCCCUCCCUCAGAUCCCCUGGCUGAGGGCUCUGCUGAAAUGGAUCCCCCUUCCCUCCUCCCUUCCCCGUCAGUGGGGUGGGGGAAGAGGCAGGACACAGCUGACCGGAACUUUGGCCUUGAGUCCCGGCCUGGGAAUAUGGCAUCAGACUGAAUGUCCCUCUGCCCCGUCCCCUCCCACAUGACCAGGAGAUUCUGGUCACAAUAAAACCUGCGGCUGCUGGUA